AUGCAUUACUCUGUAUUGCUGCUGGGCCUCGUAGCCACAGCAGCCACUUUGCCGCUCGCUGUCAGAGACACGCCUGGGUCAACCGUCACUCCGAACAUCACCUGGGCCGACGUCGCGGGAAUCUGCCGCAACCAUGAUAGCCAAGGCGGAGAGUGCAAAUCGCCAGUAGUAUCCGGCUUUGACGAUCCGGACGAAACACUCAUCGAAGAUAUGGAAUACUUCAGGUUCUCCACCGCCAACAUUGAAGAGUCCCGAGUCGAUGACUGGUACUGGGCCUGGGCACUUAGCAGGCAGAGUAGUACCGAAUGGACUGAGAAUGGAGAGUGGAACUUGUUUGUCAUGGAUUUUCUCCAUGACGCAAAUUUCCAGUGCGACUGGGCAUAUCCUUCAUGUACUCCGCUGUCCCGGGUCGUCCUCCAAAAAAUGUACCCUACCAACAGACCGCUUGUUCGCAGAAUUCACUUUACGCUUGUUCGUUACCAGAAGGCACACGACUACGUGUUAGCCAUCGAUGGUGCAAUGAUGCGCGCUCAACACACAGUCGUUGGUUUAAUACCUCAAAUUGUCUCUACCUUCACACUACAAGUUAAUGCGGCGAAGGCGCUGAAAUGUGAACAAUUACAUACCCUCGUCUAUCAAAUCGUUCAGACCGGAAUCAUGAUUGCUGCGACUAUUGGGGGAGGCUUCAUUGUAGCUGGAGUAAAUGCUGUGACCCAGGCAGUAGCUGAUGCGGAAAGAAAUCUGAACCAGUUUACCAGGACUCUGGUGGCUGGUGCUGAGCUCACGGCAGAACAAAGAGUAGAACAAAGACAACUACAGAAUGUUCUCGACACCGCAAAACACAACCUUGCGAAGGUAUCUUGGGUCAGUCCAGUGGUGAAUAAAAAGCCAGAGGUCAAAUUUGCCUGGUAUAAUAUCCCGGUGAACAUGAUAGGACCAUGGGGGGGUAUAGCAUACGCCGAUAUGAGGAAGGCUAUGAAUCAACACUAUCAAUCUAUUGGACCGGGAAUAGCACAUGGUAUAUUGUGCUCCGCCUUUGAAGGUGAUUUCCAGGAUCGAAGCGCUGCGAAUCGGGACGAAUUAACCUAUCGGAUCAGUGCCAUGUUCAACUCGGAUCGGAAGCAGAGACAGCUCUGGUUCAGGGAUAUUCUGCGAGGGAACGUUUCAGUGCCUGGCCAGCCGUCGCCUACGUCUAUUUGGUUCAAAAGUCGAGCUUGGGCUGGUCCAGGAUCCGUAUCCGAAGAGAUGACAGAUAUCACCAAGCUGGAAGAAUCUUCAACGACCGCGAUAGUCAAAGCACUCAUUUCAGACAUUCUGAUCAAUGAUUUCAACUACAUCAAGUGCGGUUACAAGGAAGACGCGCCCAAACAUUGUGCGAAGGCGAAGAACGCGUCAAAAGGACAGGACAUCUCCGUUUUUUGUCCUUUCCCUGACGCAGAUCCGCAGCUCAUGUGCGACUCGAGGAGGUGGUAUUUCUCCGACCAUGCACCGCACGAUAUCCCCAUGGUAGCCUCCCAUGGCAAGAAGAUAGAGAAUUUCGCCUCUGGUAUUUACAACUUCACUCAAGAAAUGCUCUUGCAGGAGUCGUUCAAGAACUAUGGGCUAUACGGACAUUCGAGUCAUGACGACUUUUCCAUGUGGGGGCGCGAAAAUUCGACAAGCCAAGGUGUUGGGUUCAGGAUCCCGGUAUGUGUAACAGACAAGCCGCAUUUUUUCGAAGCCCUAGGCUAUCCUGCCAUCUGUGGAGACUGGCGGUCCGAAGAGACACUACCAUUCAUCGAAGCAAUGCAUGCUGGUGUAGACUCCACGAUUUACCAAUACAGGAGCCAGGGAGUCCCCCAGUCCCUCUAUACCGAAAUCAUUCCCAAGAUUCUAGCCGACUUUUCGCCACUCACCCGCUACCUCGCUUUUUGCGACAAUGGAAUCAGAUUCCCCGGACCAAAAGAGAAAACGGGCCCAAUUACGAAUUGGAAGAAGAUCCAGCAAGGCAGAGAUAGUGACUGCACCCUGAUCCGAAAAGGCGUCGCAGGUAUAGACACCGAGGAGGAGGCCAAUCGAUGGUUCUGUACCAAUCAAGGUGGUCACACGAUCUUCAAACGGGAGAAAGAUCAUAUCGAUUCUCCUCACCUCAAGAUCUCUCUCCGGAACCAUGCUCACAAAUGCAAAAAUUGGCUUAAAAAGCACGACUUUGGACGUGUCGUCCUUGCCCUCUACAUCGGUUUUAUGGGGAGGUCAUUGGCGCCCAAUACUCGUUCGUGGAGUAAAGCAAGCAGUAUGAUGGCCACCAUAACAUUCAACUCUGUAGCGGAGGUCUAG